UUUCUUUAUAGACUUUGUGUUUUGUUCAUCAUUUGGAAACUGGUUUGCUAUUAUUGAUAACUGGUCACUUUUUGAGAGAGCUAUUGAUACAUUUUGAAAUGAGAUAGGAUAUAUGACAUUAUAGCCUAAUGAUUAUAGUAAUUGUUGCCUGAAUAUUUCUUAUAGCAUGUUUUUGUUUGCUUGUAUUGUAGAUAUUGGAGAAUAUGCUGAUAUAAAUGAUGACAUAAAUAAUGACAUAAAUAGUAGCAACAUAGCUGAUACCAAUGAAGUGUCUACCAACAAACUUGAUGAAGUUAAAACCCAUGAAGCUAUCAAUGAAUAUGACGAUAUUGGAGAAUAUGAUGAUAUAAAUGAUGACAUAAAUAAUGACAUAAAUAGUAGCAACAUAGCUGAUACCAAUGAAGUGUCUACCAACAAACUUGAUGAGGUUAAAACCCAUGAAGCUAUCAAUGAAUAUGAUGAUAUUGGAGAAUAUGAUGAUAUAAAUGAUGACAUAAAUAAUGCCAUAAAUAGUAGCAACAUAGCUGAUACCAAUGAAGUGUCUACCAACAAGCUUGAUGAGGUUAAAACCCAUAUGAUGGAGUGGAGAUGAUACAGGGUACAAAUAUUGAAAAUUCCGGACCGAACAAGAAGAUUGUUUUUUCUGGGGUUGAAAUUAAUCAUAUGCUGAAGAGUCGAGUGAUGAGAAGUAUGAUGAAGAGUAGGAUGCCAGUUCUGAUGAAAUAGCUUCUGACUGAUUCUGCCAAGUAGCAACAGAAUCACCUGAUUACUCCUCAAAAGAUUCUGAUUCUAAAUAUAAGGAACAGCAACAUAUGAAACGUUGCAUUGGUAAAACUUACCCCCCCCCCCAGAAAGGGAUGAGAAAACCAUGGACAGAGAUUGAAAAAGAGGCUGUAAAGAAAGGAUUACACAGAUGCUUUUUUUUAGUCAAGUUACCAUCAAAAAAGAGAGUGUGAAGAUCUAAUCAGUAAGGAACCAUGUUUAGAAUACAGAUCAUGGACAAUGAUAAAAGAUUCUGUGAGAACAUCAUUUAAGCAGCACAAAAACGUCAAAAUGAAAAGGAAAAAAAGAACAUAAAAUUGAUAAACCAGUGAAUAUAUUAUUAUGUCUGGAUAUCUACAUUUUUUUAAGUAUGCAGGAACUCAAAUUUCUCUUGUCAAAAUUGUCUCGAUAUCGCGUGGAACUUAACUUAAAAUUUGCCUGAUAUUUUUGUGGUUUAUUGUUUUGCCUCAACGGAGUAGUGGCAACAUGUAGGGAUCCCUUCUCCGGCAUCUGCCACAAAACUUGUCUGGACUACUCCUCAGAAACUACUGGUGCAAUUUCAUGGAAACUUUACAGGAAUGCUCAGUACUAAGUCUAGUGUUUUACAUAGAACAGUUCAUCAAAAUAAAAUAUCGUAAACACCGCUUAUAACUAACAGCUCUAGACCUACAAAAAGUGUUUGUUUUUUAAGGAGUAUGUAAUAGAUAUUUAUCUUCUGUUUUGUUAUUUUAAGCUAGAUUUUUUUUCCAAAGAAAAAAAUAUAGAGGAAUUGCCACAGUCAGGUUCGCGUUCCAGUAUCCUGUUGCUAUUGUCAUCCAAAAACUUUAACAUUGAUCAUUAUUUUUAGAUCACCUGUCAAAAAGUGACAGGGUGAGCUUUUGUGAUCACUUUUCGUCCAGCAUCUGUCUGUCCGUCCGGCGUCCGUAAACUUUUACUUAAAAUGACAUCUCCUCAUAAACCACUAAGCCAAUUUCAUCCAAACUUCAUAGGAAUGUUCCUUUGGUGGUCACCUUUAAAUAUUGUUCAAAGAAUUAAAUUCCAUGCAGAACUCUGGUUGCAAUGGCAACCCAAAGAAAAAACUUAAAAUAUCUUCUUUUAAAUAACCCAAAGAGCUGGAGCUUAGAUAUUUGGCAUGAAACAUUUUCUAGUCAGUGUCUACUAAGUUUGUUCAAAUAAAAGCCCUGGGGUCAAAAUUGGCCCGCCCCAGGGGUCAUUGAUUUUCACUAUAUGCAUAUAGUAAAAACUUUAAAAAUCUUUUUUUAA